AUGGAAACCGCAAAACAAAGAGGUCAAUCAUUUGGACUUGUCAUUGGUUUUGUAUUUACCCCGGAGGAUGUGGCGUUGCUUGUUAAGAACGGAAUUGUUGAAAACAAGCUAGGUGACAGCACUAAAGCCUGUACUAUGAUCAAGAACCUUGCUGACGAUGUCAUUAUGGCCGAUGAGUUCUACUUCACCACUCUUUGUGAAAACCUGAACAUGUAG